AUGAAAGCAGCUAGUGAAGGAAAGCUUGAAGUAAAAGUAGGGGAUGUGAAAGCACCAAGCAAGCAGACCCAGCCGGUGCCAACAGCGCUGGCUCAGGUGGAUCGCGAGAAGAUCUACCAGUGGAUUAACGAGCUGUCCAGCCCCGAGACCCGCGAGAAUGCCCUACUGGAGCUGAGCAAGAAGCGGGAGUCAGUGCCUGACCUGGCCCCAAUGCUGUGGCACUCAUUCGGCACAAUUGCAGCCCUCCUCCAGGAAAUUGUAAAUAUUUACCCCUCCAUAAACCCACCAACCCUGACGGCUCAUCAAUCCAACCGAGUCUGCAAUGCCCUGGCGCUGCUGCAGUGCGUUGCCUCGCACCCAGAGACCAGGGCUCUCAAGGAUCGUGUCCUCUCUUGCAGGUCGGCCUUCCUGGCGGCCCACAUCCCCCUCUUCCUCUACCCCUUCCUGCACACCGUCAGCAAGACCCGGCCCUUCGAGUACCUGAGGCUCACCAGCCUCGGCGUCAUCGGAGCCCUGGUGAAGACAGAUGAGCAGGAAGUCAUCAACUUCCUCCUGACGACAGAGAUUAUCCCGCUGUGCCUGCGCAUCAUGGAGUCUGGUAGCGAGCUCUCCAAAACGGUUGCCACCUUUAUUCUUCAGAAGAUCCUCUUGGACGACACUGGGCUGGCUUACAUCUGCCAGACCUAUGAGCGGUUUUCUCACGUCGCCAUGAUAUUGGGCAAGAUGGUGCUGCAGCUUUCCAAGGAGCCCUCGGCACGGCUGCUGAAGCACGUGGUGCGCUGCUACCUGCGUCUCUCCGACAACCCCAGGGCACGUGAAGCCCUCAGGCAGUGCCUUCCCGACCAGCUGAAGGACACCACCUUCGCCCAGGUCCUCAAGGACGACACCACCACCAAGCGCUGGCUGGCUCAGCUGGUCAAGAACCUGCAGGAGGGGCAGGUCACCGACCCGCGGGGCAUCCCCCUGCCCCCGCAGUGACCGCCGGGCGCCCGCGAGGAAACAGCUCAGGGUUCCACACCUCCAAGAACACGUGACCUCUUGCGGGGCCGCCAGCUGCUGCCCCCCACCCCAGGGCCGCCUCAGUAGCGCUCACCCGCCCGCCUGCCUCCGGCAUUCCCGACACCAGCAGGCUCUGCGACACGGGGUGAGCGAGAUCCCUUCCAUGCUGGGAUACCCGGCGGGCUGCAGCGGCAGCCGUGGGCACAAGGCCUUCCUGCCCGGGCUGUGUCCCGCCCUUGUUGCUCGCUGUUUACAGGCCUGAGACAUGAGCAAGCUCAAUAAAAGCCCAGCUUGUUUUA